GAGAUCAGUUUUUGGAUCGAUGUGAAUAUAGCGUUGCUUCUUAAAGCUGCUGCAGAACUUGGACCAUCUGACCAUUUCCGGCUCAUCGGUUUAACACAAGAGACCAUAGACAGUGACAUAUGAGGGGAGAGGAGAGAGGGAAGGGGUUGCUCCUGGCUGCUAUGACCACCUCCCCACCUCCUCUGACUCCUUCACCUCCCUUCAUUCCUCCCCAAGACUACAGACUCGUCAAGCGGAGAAAUACACAGUAGCGAGCGCAGAGAAGACGCCCUCCCCCCGCCCACCCCUCGCUAUCUGCCUCCCCCCGCCCACCCCUCGCUAUCUGCCCAUUCUCAUCCAGUCCUUUAAUGGACAGGAAAUAUCCCGCUGCAGGAUUCGGAGAUUUAGGGGCUGGGACGGCAUGGAGUUACGACAGCUCAAGCAAAGCAGGGUAAGCUUCGCUGGAGAAAGCGUGGGUUCGCACUGGUCUUCUGGGUGCACCACUGAGCUCAAAGUGACUCUGAUAAACGCCAUGGACGCGACGCUGCCUGCGUCUCUGCAUCCAGCCAGACUGCACGGUGCUGCUACAUGGCCAGCCGGGCUGGCCAUGCGUGCAUAUUAGUGCAUGUGAGUCCCUCUCUGUCCUCCCGUUUUCUACAUGACGGCCUGCCUUAUGUAUGGUAGCUCCAGGUCAUCCCACUCAGACUCAGAGCUACACCCCCGACCAGCCUAUGGUACUUCACACCCCCUCCAGGGAUAUGCAACCAACCAUGAUCCAGGAAGUUCCAGACAGUGUGGGACCUGGGUUUCUACUAGACGCAUGCUUGGCCUGACUGGGCCAUUUGAUGCCAGCCUCCACCAUGCCAGCUCCUUGGAUCCUGACCCCUCUGCCAUGAGCCUAAUUUCAGCUCUGGAAUCCCGUGGUUCACAGCCCCCACCCUCCACUUUCUCCAUCUUUUCUCAGUUUCGUUCUCCCUCUUGGCAGGCUGCAAUGCAUACCCCAUCCCCAGCGGAGCUUUUUAUUUCAGGAGCACUUCCAGGUUCCAGCUCCUUUACCUCGUCCUCAACCCUUUCUGCAUACCAGCAUCCUGGCUCCUUCUCUGGACGAUCUUUCAUUUCCUCUCUCUCCCUGGAAGACACAUCUACAUUUAGCCAGACUUCCAGUAGUUUGCUGUCUCCCCAUGAUCCCCGACUACACAUCAAAGCACCUUCCCAGUCCAGCUUCACCUUAGAUCGCUUACUGCCUUCCCAGAAUUCCACCUACUGGAGCUCUCAGGACCCCACGGCCCCUCCUCAGACCCAAGACUCUUCCAGUUGCCACGUGUCCCCUCGGCAAUUGAAUCUGUUGUCCUCCCAGCUUCACAAGCAGUCAACCCAGCUUUGUAAUAGAUCCAUGUUCGCCUCAUCCUCUGACACGAAAUCCUCACCACGGAUGGAAUUGAAGACAUAUCAACCUGUCAUCAAAACUCCUUACACAUUUUCAUCCUCCAGCUCCUCCUCCUCCUCUUCAUCUCGCUCAAAGGGAGCCAAAAGUUCCAGCUCCCGCAGUGGCUACUCCUCUACAGGUUCAGCAUCAUCUUCUUCACACACCCCACACACUCCACCAUCAGCCUCCUCUGCUUCUUCUUUACCCUCUUCUAGCUCCAAGACAAGCACUGACUCUUUUUCUGCCCCCUCUCAUCAACAGGCCCCAUCUCAGUCAGCACCCGCCCCACCUCCUCCCUCAGUGGUGUCCUCUACCUUUGUCCAACAGCAAGCACCCAGACAAUGCCUCUCCAAAUAUGACUGUCCGACCCCUCCCCAGCAACAUGCCCAGUCCUGCUCUCCCAACCACUUGGCCCAGUCUUAUGGGCCCUUCAACUCAUCUCAUGCCCAGGACCCGAGCUCUGGAGCCGGGGGCACUGGAGCAAAAGCCUUCAUUGGUAUAGGUAUAGGUUCAGGGGGGCACUCAUUUUCGUCAGAAAUCUUUGGGGACUCAAGCUUUGGCUCAGCUUCCCUCAGAAAAGAAGACAGUUCUCCCUUAGGCUAUGGGGGUCUUGGAGCAUCAGAGGGAAAUGAACCCAUAUCAGGAGCAGCUGCACGUGGAUCUGCAAGGUCAGGGAGUGGGGCUUCUUCUGUUGGUAAUGGAGGCAGUAACUCUUACCACCUGCCUGAGUCUAGUCCAUCCCCCUCCAAUGGUUCUAUAAUCAUUUGCCCUGGUUUGCACUCUCCUGCUUCUGCAAACCCUUGGCAAUCCUCUGGAGGCUCAGGAGCCACCAAAUACUUGUCCUCCAUUCUCUCUUCCACUUUAAUGUCCUUACCACAAGGUUUCCCUGAGCACGCACAGAACCAGUCCUACCAAUCAACACCAUCUAAGCCAAAAAUAGAGAUACUGGGACUUGAGCGAUCACAAGAUGAGGAUGAAGAUGAAGAUGAUUUCCUUUUCCACCACUUACUGCAUACCCAGAGUUCAGCUCCACAUCCAUCCCAGCAUCACCCACCUCCUCAGCAACCACCCCAACCACUUCCACAGGCUAGGGAUGGGGAAGACAAAGGGGUGACCUAUGAAAUUAACAACCUUCAGAGUGUCAUUCGUACCAACAGCACUACCAGCAGUUCAGCUCCUGGAUUGGCAAUUGGUGAUGCAGCAAGUAGCUUAAACAGUCAGUUAGAAAUGUCACAGGAGAAACAGCAGCAGACCAAGUUAGAAUUGACAGUAUCAAAGUCCACUGCUGGAGGGCUAGGAAGGGUCACUGACUCUUUUUCCCACUCCCACACUACCCACUCCCAUCAACAGCAGCACAUCUCCCUGGACAGAGUAGUCUGUUAUGAAAGAGGGGACCUCUACACCCAGCAGUCACAUGCUCAACAUUCCAAUCACACCUCACCUGUGUCUUUACAACACUCUCAGCACACUCAAUGCACACAGCGCAUUCAACAUUGUCACCAUAGCCGUUCCAGUUCCCACUCUCACAGCCACCCUCACAUGGAGUUGAAGAAGCCUUCAGAUGUAAAUGGCAGUAUCUACUCAUGUAACACACCAGAAGUGCAGCAGGCACGACAAAACCAGGCUUCCCUCUCUCUGAUGGUCUCACCACCAGGCCCUCCCCAGCAAGCUCACACGCUGCAGUCUAUUCUUUCCUGUACCACCUACAGCAAGAUGGACUCUCAGCAAGCCCCUUCACAGCAACAACAGCAUCCUUUGAGCCAACAGGCUAUGAUGGGUGCAGCCAGGCCUGCUGAGGUGGAAUCCCACCCUCAGAACCAGUCCUCACAGUUGUCAGUUCAGCUUCAAACCCAGGGUGUCGAUACCCAUCACUGCACACUUGGAGGUCAGUCAAGAGAUCAAACCCAAGCAAAUCAGAACUCAGUAUCUCUGCUAAAUAUGUUAGAACAGUCUCUUUCCCACACAAACAGCAAAGACAUUCAAGGAACUCUGGACAGAACUGGGGUUGGGGAGCCUGUUACAGGAAGGAAGGGAAGUGAUGGAGACAGACACAGACAGCAGCAUGGACUCACACCUCACCAUGAUCCCAGACAACCAGGCUCAGAUCUUCUUGACUUCUUCUCUGAAGCAGGUUCCGGCUUGUCCACCCAUGCCCAUACUUAUGCCCACCAUCAACAACAAGCACACACUCACCAUCGGCUGUCACACUCUCAGGCAUCAAAUAGGGGAACUCCACAGCAACAGCCCCAAAAAAGAAAGUCUAAAAUCCAGCUGUCACACUCCCAGUUAGACCAGCUCAAACAGCACCAGUUUGUCACAGCAAGCCCAUUUAGUAAAGUGGGACAAAAUCAAGCUCAGCAGACUCAACAGUGUGCACCUCUAUCGUCCAUAUGCUUUCCGGACACUCUCUUACAUGAUGAAGACCGCUCUUUCUUUCCUGAGAUGGAGGACAUGUUUUAUUCAGCUGAUUACAAAUCAAGCUGUGCUGGGGAUUCUGGGGCAGGGCGAGCUGCUCAGGAAAGCAUUACUCAGGGUCAUGGGCAGAGGCACAAAGUUAUGGAGGCCUUAAAAACAGGAGACCCUGGAGAGGGCUAUGAUCUCGUUGGUCAUUACAGUAACCAAGUAUAUGGACAGUACUGCCACAGCCUUCCAGGAACAGGAAAUGGCAAUCUGCACUUAGACCUUGACUCUAUGAAAACCCACAUGCUUCCCUCCACUGUGAAUACUGACCAGAUUGGCUUCUUCCAAUCACAAACACCCACUGUGGGAUUGAGUUCAGCAGUUCAAGGCGAUGGCUCAGUCAACAAGAUAGUGGGAGCUGUGGGGGUGGGUGGAAGUGCAAGCACUACUGGUCUGACUUCACAUAUCUUCUGUUCCUCUCCACCCAAGAAACUGCUGAAGACCAGCUCAUUUUACUUGCUCAAACAGCGACGCGAGCCACAACCUCAAACAAAAAAUAACUAUGUGCAAGAGUACGAAUUUGAGGAUGAUGAGGAUAAAGCUGAUGUUCCAGCUGACAUUCGCCUUAACAGUCGACGACUUCCAGACCUGAUCCCUGACUUGGGGUCUACUUGUAGAAAAUCUGGUGGGACAUCAGGAGUAAGGGGGCUCAGUCCCCUUAUGGGUGACAUGGACUUCUGCCACCCCUCAAGAUACUCUUCUCUUGGACACCCUCCACAACCCCCCCACCAUGAUGGCCCUAAGAAACGAGGCAGGAAACCAACUAAAUCAAAAUGUGAAGGCCCUCCUCGCCCACGCGGUAGACCACACAUACGUCCUCUUCCAGAGCCUCCUUAUUGCAGGGGGCUGAUGGUAUCAGUGGCUGGAGAAAGUAGAAGGGGUCGGGGGCGGGGUCGAGGGCGAGGCAGGAGGGAGGAAGGGCUCAUGGAAGUGCAUCAAGAUAUGACGAAAGCACAAAGCCUUCAGCAUCAUAAUCAACAGCAGUCUCAACAGCAACAGUUCAGCCAACAGCAUCCACACUGA